GCGACAACGAGCUGGAUUCCUCUAGUGACGCAGGAGAAGAAGGAGAAGAAGCGCAAACUGUUAGCUUACCAGGCAGGAGUUCAAAUGAACGAUGGAUCAGAAGAUUCCUUAUGAUGACUAUCAGCUCCCAGUGGUUUUCCUGCCUUCAUAUGAAAACCCACCGGCUUGGAUUCCUCCUCAGGAGAGGGUUCAUCACCCAGACUACAACAACGAGCUCACCCAGUUCCUCCCUCGCACCAUCGUGUUGAAGAAACCUCCAGGAGCCCAGCUGGGUUUUAACAUCCGAGGAGGCAAGGCGUCGCAACUAGGGAUCUUUAUAUCCAAGGUGGUCCCAGAUUCAGAUGCCCACAGAGCAGGAUUGCAGGAAGGAGAUCAGGUUCUCUCUGUGAAUGAUGUGGAUUUCCAAGACAUAGAGCACUCGAGAGCGGUAGAGAUUCUGAAGACCGCUCGGGAAAUUGUGAUGAAGGUUCGCUUCUUUCCCUACAACUACCAGAGACAAAAGGAGAGAACUGUCCACUAGGUGGCAGCAGCGUUCCUAAAACACUUCAUUCGACGUCAUUUUCUGCUUCUACUGACUCCUAAGCACUUCAUCGCAGCUUCAAGAUGACAGAUUGUUGGUGUCAUUCAAACUCCUCCAUGUUCUCUGGUGUAGUGGUGAAAGAUGGUGAAAUAUUGUCAGAUGUACUGCGAUAUUUCAUCGUUUCUGCCACAUUGUGGUCCAAUCAUAUAGUGUUAUGCUUUGCAUUUGAAAAUGUAUCAUUUUAAUCUCCAUUAUUGUUUUUUUAAAAGAAGUUUUUAAUGUAAUUUAGUACUGAUAACAUCUCAUCUAUGUUUAAUAGCAUUUUGAAAUCCCAAAUGGCACAGUUAGUGCACUAAUCUUGACAUUAGACACUAAAACAAAACAUUAAAACACUGACGGAAAUAAUAAGAGCAAAUUGUGCGAGACUUCUGAUAAAUUUUUUAUAUUUGUGUUUGCGUCACCUUACAAGUUUUUGAGUAUUUAUCAAAUAUUGUAAUUGUGUAAGAAAUUAUAAAAACUGUAAAUACGAAUACUAAUUUUAACAUUAUGCCAUUUUUGUACAGUUUUUCGAUUAAAUAUACAUGAACAAACUCAGGAGCCAAAAGGUUAACAUGGCUUCAUAAGACAUUGUUAUACAUUUAUUAUGAAAUGUUCAUAAUAAAGAAACAUUCUUUAAGAAUUUCAGUGCACUGCAUGUUUAACUACGUUCAUCUUUCAGUAUCAAUGUCCCUUGUGUUUCUCUGGAGGAUGUUGACAUAAACUUUGCACCAGGUGUCGUAACAGCCCAGGUAAUCAUUACAUGCCAGGAAUUUAUGACAAAUGAGCCAAUUAGAUAUUUUAACACAGGGAACAAAUAUUGUAACUUAUUUAGUACUUAGUAGAAAGCCUCAUUUCCUCUUUGGGAUGAUAUAAAGUAAAAUUCUCUUCCAAACAAGGUGUACACUGACCUCCAAAGAGUUAAUCUCUGAUCUUAUCUGAUCAAACUACACAUUCCUAGUACUUUUUUUUUCCUGGCUUGUCUAAAUUUUCAGCUAUAUCCCUUAAAGCAGGGGAGUCAAACUCCAGUCCUCAAGAGCUGCUGUCCUGCAGUUUUAAGAUGUGCCACAGGUACAAAACACUGGAAUUAAUUAGCUCCUUCUUGUGCAGAUCAGUUUUCCAGAGCCUUGCUAGUGACCUGAUUAUUCUAUUGAGCAGAGGCACAUCUAAACAUUGCGGGGCAGUUGCCCUCCAGGGCUCGAGUUUCACACCUGUACCUUAAAGCAUACUUCUACAUGCUUUUUCUUCAGCAGAGGAGUCUUUUGCAGUGCGGCCACAGAAAUUAAGUGAUACUUUCAGGUUCAGAAGUACACUUUAAAAAAAUUGUAUUAUGUGUUGCAACAAUAAGGCUGCAAAGAUGUUGAGAAAGCCCUUAGUUGUUACCAAAUAUUACAUGCUUCAUGUGCCAAAGUAAGGUGCAGAAUUGAUUUAAAUACUUGAAAACGGUUGCACACAGUUUGUGGAAUAAUUUCUGGUUUCUUUGUAGAUUAAUUGGAUUGAUACCAGUAUUUGUUAAUAUCAAAAGAAAAGUACAAACAAAAAUGUUUGCCACUCUGCACUAAGAAACAUUCUGUGCAUUACAUAAAAAUACAAAAGUUUGCCAAGCAUUUGCACAAACUUUUAUUAAAACUGUAAUUUUGGGUUCAUCAUUUAAACUUGACUCAUUAUGAUUUGCAACGUGGCAUGUAAAACAUGAAUGACCAGGGCAGGAAGCUUUUCUGUGCACUGGAAGAACCGGCACUAGAUCUGAAAACGAACUGGUUUGUUCCAGAAUGAGUCGCAGAACUCGCUCCACUCGGUCUGCAGAGAAACCGGCCUUAUCAGAGGAAUCCAGUCAAUAGAAAUGAUCACUGUGGUAUGUCGAGCAUUUUUAGUUUAUUUUUAAAAAGUCAACCUGAAAUAUUCUGAAAACAUAAAAAAAAAACU